AUAUGACAUAAACACGAAGAAGAAGCUGCGCUUGAAGUGUCAUCAGACUGACCAUGCGAUUGCCUAUACGUUGGGUUUUAUGGGAUAUAAAAGACACUCUUCUGAAGGUGCGCCAGUCUGUGGGAGAGCAGUACUGUAAUGAGGCCAAGCGUGUUGGACUGAAUUUACCAGUCGUGCCGUUAGAGAACGCAUUCAGGGAAGCUUACCAGCAGCACUCACGUUUGUACCCUAACUAUGGUGUUGCUCAGGGUAUGAAUGGCCAACUGUGGUGGACAAGUUUGGUGAAGAGCACUUUCUCCCAGUGUGGGGUGCAGGAUCCUGAUUUGCUUGCCACACUUGCCAAUAAUCUUUACUAUAAUUUUUCUGGUCCAGAAAACUGGGAGGUGUUCCCAGACUCAAAUUCUACCCUAAAAUCCUGCACUGCUCUGGGACUGAAGCAGGGGGUGGUGUCCAAUUUUGACAGGCGCCUAGAUGGAAUCCUUCAAGGAUGUGGCCUCCGAACCCAUUUCUCAUUUUUGCUGACUUCAGAGGAUGCUGCUGUGGCAAAACCAAACCCAGAUAUUUUUGCCCAAGCCCUGAAAAAGGCUGGGGUGCCAGCCAAAUACGUAGUCCAUGUUGGGGACCACUACAUAAAUGACUACCUCACCUCUCGAGCAUUAGGUAUUCAGGGUUAUCUGCUAGAUAGGCAUGGACUCCAGAAACAUCUGGAUGUUCCUCCACAGCAUCGACUACAGAGCCUAGAUGAGCUACCAGCCCGACUAUUACAGGAAACUUAAACAGUUUACAGUUGCUGGGAUCAUUAAAUAAUAUAAAUUGUGUUCAUGCAUUUUUUCUUUAAAUACCAUUUCCAAAGAUCAAGUAAAUAGUCUAUAGUAAAUAAGUAAAUAAUUUGUGCCUGUAAAUAUUCAGUGAAAUGCACUAUGUGCAGACUCCUUUCUUUAUACUUGUAUACUUUGAAUCUUGUGUCAUGACAAAUUUUUAAUUAUUAGAAAUAAAAGUAAAUGUUUAUUCAAUAUUUGUGUAAUGGAAGAUGUAGAGAAAAAAAUGGAUAUGAUUUUAUUUUUCUCGAAGAUAGAAAGUCCGAAACAGUUCAGAUUACACUAAUGUUUAUUAUGCAUAUGAACAAAAUGGUUUGUUAAAUCAUGCAAACGGAGAACUGAAAUUAAAAGUACUGAAACAGA